AUGGAUGGUCACGUCUUUGGCAUGAGUGCUAGGCCUUCUGAUGCUGGGAGCGGUGUGAAGUGCAACCGUUGUGGCAAGAAGGGGCAUCAAGUGAAUCAGUGCACGGCAGACCUUUCCAAGGUUAAGUGCUUCAAGUGCGGAGAGAUGGGCCACAUAUCUUUGAACUGUGCCAAGGGCAAGCAGGGUGAUGUUUCUCAGUCGAGUGCGAGACCUAAGGGUUCUGAUGGCAAAGGUGCUGCUGCGGCCAAGGGUCAAGUUUCUUUUUCGCCUAAAGGCAAGAGCAAAGGAAAAGGAGGAAAGAAAGGAAAAAUGUUUGCUCUGUUUGAUGAGGAGACAGGGGUUUGGUGGUACACAGAUGCUGAUGAAUCUUUUUACACCGAAGAAGGUGACGAUCAAGAGACACAGCAGGUGGAUGCCACUCUUGUGUUGUCUUGUGUCAUUGAGUCAACUGAUGAGCCCAAUACGCGUUUUGAAGCUGUCCUUGAAGACAGCGAGUCGGUGUCUGUUGUGCUCCAAGAGCAGUUGUGUCAACCUUUGUUGCAGUCGUUGGGUCAGUCGCUUGGAAGUGAGUUUUGGCUGCUUGACUCAGGUGCGUCAUGCUGUGUUAUCAACCAUGUGACGUUGAAGACGCUUCCGCAUGAUGAGUUGACUGCAUGUGGUUCGACGUUUAUGGCUGCGAAUGGGACUCCUGUUCCCUUUGAUGGUCGUUGCCAUGUUGUGCUAAAGGUUCGCACAAAGGAUUCAAGUGGAGCUACCAAGAAUGGUGUCUGCAAGAUUCCUGUGAUGGUGGGUGACACUCCUUACAAUAUCCUGUCAACGCGAACUCUUGGAAGGCAUGGUUGGCGUGUUGUCUUGGAUGAAGGCGUUUCUGUGUGUCAUGUGAAGUCGGGUGUUGAUAUGAUUGAUACCUGUAUUUGGUGUGACACGCCUUGGAUCCGCGUGAUUCCUCAUUCAGCAGGUGAUCUCUUGUUGCCGUCGGAUGCCUCAGUUGAUCCUGCUCCAAUUUCCUCGAUUGGACAUGUUGCAGUUGUUUCGCAGAAGACCAAGGAAGAUCUUGAAAUUCACAGAGCAAAGGGCCACAUGCCCUUCCAUCCUGAUUGCGAGCAUUGUCUGAAGUCCCGAGGUGUUACCCAACACAGGCGAAAGUCUGAGAGCGGAGUGGAAACAGAGAUUGUUGCAGAUUUUAUGUUUCUCGACUCUUCUGGAGAGACGAUCAGCGUAGCUGAGCGCCAGACAAGUAGCUCUUUCAAGGUCCUCGUCCUUCGUGAGGCCUUUUCUUCUUCUAUUGGGGCUGUGAUGAUAACUGAGAACAUUGCAAAGGACAGAGGUCUUCUUUUGAAGUGGCUUGCUGAGUUUGGGUUGUCGUCCUCACAGGCAAGCAUUGUGCUUUUGACAGAUUCCGAAGAAGCGGUGAAGUCGUUUGUUGCAGGUGCGUCGGAUAAGUACAUCUUUAUGGUGCGCAAGGCUGCGCCACAAGCUCAUGAACAGCUUGGUGGUGCGGAAAGGACAGUCCGGGUCCUUAAAGAAGGGCUAGCUACUCUGCAAAGUGAUUUUCAGUCGCUUGGUUGCGUUUUGUCGUUUCAGAGAGACUUGUUGCAGCUUGCACUUUCUUACCUGUGCAUGAGUGUGAAUUCGAAUGGCAAAGCUUUUGGCGGUGAACGCUCUCCAAAGGAGGUUGCAGUUGGUCGAAGGUUGCCAGAUACCCCUUUUGCGUUGUUUGGGUCCAAGGUGCUUGCUGAGGUCCCUGAGUCUGUGAAGACUUUGUGCCCGAAUAUGUCGCGUUUUGAGGCGGCAGCUUUUCUUCACCCGCAAUUUGGGUCGCUUGGGAGCUUGGUGUAUGCGCAUGUGCGUGUGGGCCAGGUCUUGACGCCAAAGGUGUUUGUUGCCAAGUCGAUCAAGCUUGUGUUUCCGAUUGAGCUUGUCUUCGAGUCGGGGAUGUUUGAAGUUUUGCGUCGUCGUGGUGAGCUUGGGCCUGAGAGGCCAGAUCAUCCAGUUGCGCCUCGGAUUCUUCCGAGUUCCCAGGGUGCCUCUUUGAAGUGUCCUGUUUCCGGUCCGCCAAAGGAGUUUUUUGAGAGGUAUGGGUUCUCAGGUGAGUGCCGAGCGUGUUCUAACAUGGCACAAUUUGGGUCUAGGAAGGGCUCUUCUCACGGUCGGGCUUGCUGUUUGAGAUAUGAAGCGUGGUUGCGGUCGCAAGUUGCAACAGAUGACAGCAUGGACGUUGAAGUGCCUGUGGCUUCGGAUGCAGAGGCUAUGCGUGAAGCUCUUUCUGAGCUAGCCGAGGAUGAGUCGAGGCAAGACCGAGCUGUGGAGGAGGCUCAGGGUUCUCCUUUGCCUCCCCCGGCCAAUGGGGACGCUGCUUCGUCUGAGGCUCCAGCGAGGAUUGUGAGCGAGGCGGCCCCCAGUGGUCGUGUUUUCACGCGUGGUUGUCCUGCGUGCGAGUCUGGCAUGAAUGCUCCUGGCAUUCGUCACAAUGCUGAUUGCAAGCGAAGGAACCAACAUCUCAGUGUUAGAUUUUAUGUUUCUGGGGAGCCCGAUGAUGACGAAGCUUCAUCCAGGCGUCUGCCUGACAAUCUUGAAGGAGCUGCUGCUCCUGAGUCUGAGGGCAUUGGGGCUCUUGAUGAGGACACUGAGAUGCCGUUUGCCGAUCCAGUGUUGACUGGAAGUGAAGGCGGAGGCAGCCUAGAGGCUGAAGAAGUGCUUCGUGGAAGCAGUGCUGUGAAACGCUCCUCUGAAGUCCCGUUGGAAGAUCUGGAGCGUGAGAUCAGGCAGGACCAAGAAAGGGUUGCUUCAGUUAUGGUUACCUUCCACAAUUGUGAAACAGGGAAUGAUGUUCACAUGCCUCUUGCGAGUUUUGUUGAGCAGGCGUUCCAGGUUUCCAAUUAUGUCCCUUUGCUUUCAGGGCUUGUGGAUUCGGUUCAGUUCGCCCCGAACUCUACGAGUGUUGUUUUGCCGUUUGGAAAAAGGUCGCAUUUGAGACUUUGGAAGCCUAGUUCCGCUGUUGAUGACUCUACCUUGGGUGAGCUUUCAGGAGAUCAGGUCAUGGAAGGCAUGGUCAAAGAAGUCAACAAUUUGAGUCACAUGGAAACUGGGGAUCUGUUGACUGCUUCAGAACUUCAGAGUCUUGAGAAGAGGUUCCCAGGUACCUUGAAGGUCAUCCCUAGUCGUUGGGUCACGACGCAGAAAACACCAACUACAGUGCGAGCUAGGAUUGUCAUCAAGGAUAUUGCUGGCAAGAACUCAGAGUCUGCAAGGGCUUUGGGCAUUUCAAGUCCUACUCCUAGUGCCGAUGCUUUGUUCACGGUUCUUGGGAUUGCAGGUUGCAGAGAUUGCGUGAUUGCGAGCGCUGAUGUAUCUCACGCUUUCAUGGCUACGCCUUUGAGAGAAAGGGAUGUGGUGAUGAGGUUUCCUCUGUCAGUGUCUUCGGUUUCAGGGGAUCCUUUGUAUCUUCACCUCAACAAAGCCCUCAAUGGGCUACGCAAGGCUUCGCAGGAAUGGAUCUACUUCGUAGGGGAGACUGUGAAGGUUUUGGGGCUUCAAAGUUGCAGCUUAGAGCCGUGUCUGUUUUCAGGCAUGCUUGAGUCAGGUCCCUGUUUGCUGUUAGUCUAUGUGGAUGAUUUUCUGUGCAUUGCGCCAACAAAGGAGGAUGCAGAUCACAUCUUUGAGGUGAUUGAGAAGAAAGUUGAACUCAAGAGAACCGGGUUGAUCAAUUCUUCCAAGGAUGGCGGUGGCACUUUGCGGUUUAUUGGUAGGGUUAUCUCCAGGAGAAAGGGGGAGUCCUCUAUCACAGUGUCUUUGCCAGAAGAUUAUUUGGAUGAGACCUUCAAGGCUUAUGGUCUUUCGGGAAAAGGUUCCUCAAGUCCUCCAGAUGUUGCGGUUCAUGUUGAGAAGCAAGAUGGGGUUCCAUUGUCUCCUGAGGCGUAUGCCAGGUUCAGGUCUGCGUUGGGGAAAGUAGCUUGGAUGACGCAGACUCGUCAGGACUUGCGUGCUUAUGUGUCAAUCUUGGCAACGCAGCAAGCCACACCCACGAAUCAUACUGAGCAUGGUCUCCGAGCCUUGCUUCGAUUUCUGAAGAACGACAUGUGCGUGGUUGUGCGGUUGCCUGCUGCGAGUGAUGUGUUGGCUCCCUCGCAACACUACCAAGGAAAGAGGCACCUUGUGUGUUUCUCUGACGCAUCGCAUGCGCCUUUGAGGUGCACGAAGCGCCGUGGAAUCAGUGGAGGAGUGUUGACACUUGAUGGCUGCGUGAUAAAGACUUUGUGUCGUCACCAACAGCUUGUGUCGCUGUCGUCUAUGGAGUCAGAGCUGUUUGCGUUGCAGUCGGUUGCUCAAGAAAUGUCGAGUCUUGGAAAGUUCAUGGCAAGGGUCUUCGUGUCGUUUCGAGAAAGCGAGGAAGUUGAAUUGCCUGGGAUACUUUACAGUGACUCAGAAAGCGCUUUGAAGCUUCUUCGCAAUUUGGACACACCCAGGCAAAGCAUACAUCUUGAGAUAAGAGUCGAGUGGCUUAAAGCUCGUGUCGCAGCGGGUUCUUUGGUCCUUGCGUUUAAGAAGGGAAUCGAAAAUCCGUCAGACCUCUUGACUAAAUGUUUGGGGUCCUCGGCUUUCGGUAUACAUCGCGAAGCGUUGGGCUUUGAGUCGCUGUCGGGACCACUUGCGUCUUUGUGCAAUCAUGAGAAGAGAUUGGUGAUGGUUGAAGUGUGCUGUCGACCGCAGUCGAGUGUUCAAGGUGCAUGUCGCAGAGUCGGGAUGAGUUACGUUGGCGUGACUGAGAACAUGCAGAGUGACAGCGUGUUCAAAGAGGUGCGUCGAUAUCUUCUGAACUUUGCGUGUGACUGCGUGUUUGUGCAUGUGUCCACGCCUUGCUCUUCUGGAUCUUACUUGCGUCGGUUCUCUGGCGGGAGCUCGUCGAAGUCGGAUUGGGAAUGGUUUGAGGUGUUUCCUUGUGUGUUGAAGUACUUAAAGCUUGGGAAGCACUCGAGCUUUGAGCUGCCAUGGAACAAUGAGAUUUGGCAACAUGACUUGUGCCAGAAGGUGCUGAAGAAGGCAGGCCACACGUUCGAUGUGCGAACUCGUGCUGCCAUGGUUCUCACGACCGAUGAACGCAGGGAGCUGCGCCGUUUGCUGGAUAAGAUGGAUUCUGCAGAUGGCUUGGCUUCGACUGCCAAUACUUCUAUGACCGAUGGGACCAAGCGUCUCAGAGAUGUGGGUGGAUAUCCAGAGGAUGGGUCUACUGCAUCAGGAUCUGCUUGCGGUGCCCAGCUGCCGAUUUCAAAGGGAAGCGCAAAGGGUGCUGUGAGCACUCCCAAGUGUUAUGAAGACCUCGUCGAUGCAUUCGAGGGGGAAGAGUUUGGGGAUAGCGACAAUGUGAUUGUCGUGAGCUAUGCAGGUACUGAGGUCACCUCGGUGCCACUUCCAAGUAAUCUAUCUAUGGAGGAUUGGGGUCGGACAAUCUGCGAUCUGCCAAAGGUCCAGAAGAAUAAGAUGUGGUUUAAGAAGUCCUAUGCGACCUUGGUCAAGCUUGCCAAGGAGGAUAGCGACCUUGCAAGCUACCUCAAUUGGAUCAAGGAGAAAUUUGGUCGCAAUUAUGAUCCGACGACCUCCUCCAGUCAGUCCUCGGACCUUGCGGGGUAUUUGAUGAGGAUUGGUUUUUCAAAGCAGAAGGGAUUCCAGCGCAAGUUGGCGGAGGAGUAA